AUGGUCAGGCACCUGACAGUGGCCAACUCUUUGUAUAUUCUCUGCAGAGGAAUCCCAGAGGCCAUGGCAGCCCUUGGGAUGGAAGAUUUCCUCAAUAAUGCUGGAUGCAAACUGGUUUUGUAUCUUCAAUCAGUAGGAAGGGGUGUGUCUUUCAGCACCACUUGCCUGUUGAGUAUCUUCCAGGCCAUCACCAUCAGCCUCCGGAGCUCCAGAUGGUCCAAGCUGAAAGUGAAAGCCCUAAAGUAUACUGGCCACUGUACCAUCAUUUCCUGGAUUUUGCACAUGGGGCUGAACAUUAGAGUUCCUAUGCUUGUGAGUGACAAAAGGAACAAUAAAAACAUCACAAACACUAUUGAUUUUCAGUACUGUUCAGCUAUGAGUGCUGCCAAAGACAAAACUUCCAUUUUUGUAGCAUUGACAUUAUCACAUGAUAUUUUGUGUUUAAAACUAAUGAUUUGGAGCAGUGCCUCCAUGGUUUUCAUUCUGUACAGGCACAAGCAUCGAAUGCGUCAUGUUCACAAAUACAACAUUUCAACAAGCUCUCCUGAAAACAGAGUAUCUCAAAGCAUCCUCAUCCUGGUUUGUGCCUUUGUAUCCUUCUAUGCUCUGUAUUCCUUCACAUAUGUUUGUUUUACUUUUUAUGGCACACCUUCUUUGUGGCUGGUUAAAACUUCUGCUUUAAUCCAUGCUGGUUUCCCUACUGUCAGUCCUUUCAUUCUCAUGACUCGGGAGCAGUGUGUACGCAGUUUAAUGUGGAAGGAGAAAACACACGUGUCAUCUCAUCAGACAUAUGCAUUCAGUACUUAA